AUGGCAGGCCGGCACAAUCUCCUAUCUCUAGCUUGCAGGGUCGCGAACCACCACUCUCACCGCGCGCAAACUGGAACCUCAUUCCUCGACUCCAUCCUCCCCGCUUCGAGACGAGCCAAAAGCACCAAUUCAACCUCAGCCCUAGCAUAUAAGGCUCUCCACAGGAGGUCCCCCCUACCGCUCCCGGUAUCAGACACAUCUCCCCAAUAUGGCGCCGCAGCAGCUGUGUCAUCCAUCCUCUACGAGACCCCGGUGGCGUCCCAAGCACCGCCCAAGAAACAUAUUUUGAACUGUCUUGUGCAGAACGAGCCUGGUGUCUUGUCUCGUGUGUCUGGCAUUCUCGCGGCCAGAGGUUUCAACAUUGACUCCCUGGUGGUGUGCAACACCGAGGUAGAGGACCUGAGUCGCAUGACCAUCGUGCUCAAAGGACAAGAUGGCGUCGUCGAACAAGCGCGAAGACAGCUAGAGGAUUUGGUUCCUGUAUGGGCUGUGCUGGAUUAUACGUCUGCCGCUCUGGUGCAGCGCGAGUUGCUACUGGCUAAGAUCUCGAUUCUUGGCCCGGAGGUAUACGAGGAGUUGAUGGAACACCAUCGCGAGAUGACCAGUCCCGAGUCGGACCAUGGCUCAGCGGAUGUAGAAAACGCAGAGGAGAAUGCAGAGAAGAGGCUUCAGGAAUUGGAAGCUGGCCGGCAUGAAGAUUCAUCUCUCAUUCAACGAGCCAAAGACAUGCUUGGUCAAGGUGCCAGCUACCACCCCAGCCGCCUUGCUGCCAGCCAAGCUUUGCGACACAAACAUGAACACCUCGAGGCCAUCACCCAUCUGACUCACCAGUUUGGUGGCAAGGUUUUGGACAUUAGCACGAAUAACUGCAUUGUGGAAAUCUCUGCGAAACCGAGCCGAAUCGACUCCUUUAUGAAGCUGAUCUCGCCCUUUGGUAUUCUCGAGUCAACAAGGACGGGACUGAUGGCCCUUCCUCGAUCCCCGCUCUAUGAUCCCAAUGAUGAGCACGUCCGAGAGGCUGAUGAUGUUGUCGAUGCUAGCACCCUGCCUCCUGGUUAG